AUGGAGAUGCAGGGAUCGAAUAUCCCAGUGCCUUCCAGUGCCAUUAGUGCAGCCUCAGACGAAAUUAUUGAAUUCCAUGAAGUGGAUAUUGUAACACCAUCGCAGAAGCUAUUGGCGAGGAAGCUGUCAUGCAGUGUGGUACAAGGGAAAAGCCUUCUUUUGACUUGCCCCAAUGGUACCGGGAAGAGCUAUGUUUUUAGGGUGCUCAGAGAUUUAUGGCCUGCCUUUUCUAGGAGAGUUACCAAGCCCUCUGAAGGGAUGUUCCAUGUUCCUCAGAGUCCAUACACCAGCUUGGGAACCCUUCGGGAUCAGAUCAUAUAUCCUCUGUCAAGGGAGGAAGCAGAGAUGAAGAUUCUUUCAUUAUAUAAAGCUAGCAACAGGUCUAGUGCUCCUGAGUUGCUAGAUGACCACCUGAAGACGGUUCUUGUGAAUGUUCGGUUGGUCUAUCUUCUAGAGAGGGAAGGUUGGGACUCUACCCAAAACUGGGAAGACGUAUUGUCGCUGGGAGAGCAACAGAGGCUUGGGAUGGCUCGCUUGUUCUUCCACCAUCCUAAAUUCGGCAUCCUCGACGAGUGCACAAACGCUACGAGUGUUGAUGGUGAAGAGCAUCUGUACAGGCUAGCAGCAAACAUGGGCAUAACUGUGAUCACUUCGUCACAAGUAAGUGUUCGCGUCAUUCCCGCUAAUUGUGUAAAAGGCCUGCUCAUCGACGGCGAGGGAAACUGGGAGCUGUGCGAGAUCCAGCAUUGA